GGUGCUGGAGGGGACACACGGAUGGUGGGGGCUCUGCGGCUGCUGCCCUGUUCCCUGGCUGUGGGGGACCCCUUGGCUCCUGGGGUUCCAUGGUUGGGGGGUGCCCCUUGGCUGCAGGAGGCUCCCUGGCUGCUGGAUGUGAUGGAGGGUCUGUGGGUGCUGGGAACCCACCACCUCAGCCCAGCUGCCCUCCCAUGGCUGUCAGGCCGGGCUGGGGUGAGGAGGCAGGCUCAGAGCACCCCAGCCAUCCCCAGCUGCAGGGGGAGGGAGGCUCCAGCCCCCGGCAUCCGGCACCUGACGCAGAGCUGGGCGAGUGGUGCAGUUGUGGUGAGGAGCUCUCUGAGAGGGGACGGAACCGCCGCCUCUGUGCCAUGUGGAGGGGAAGGGCCCUGGGUGUCUGGGCAGUGCUGGCCAGCCUGGCUGUGCCCAGCUGGGGUAACCAAGGACCUAAAAUAAUUGUGAAAGAAACCAGUGGGAAGGUGUUCUUGCAAUGUGCAACACAAGGUAAAGUUACGUGGUGGAAAGAUGGGAACGAGCUUGGAAACACAACUCAGCUGGAGCUGAGUGCAGUUUACGACGAUCCCAGAGGCCUCUACACGUGUAAAGUAGGAGAGACAACAGAGGGGACGCUGCAGGUGCACUAUCGAAUGUGCCAGAACUGCAUCGAGGUGGACGCUGCCACCGUCUCGGGGAUCGUGAUCGCCGACGUCAUCGCCACCAUGCUGCUGGCAGUGGCCGUGUACUGCGUCACCAGCCACGACAGGGGACACAUGUCACGAGCCUCUGACAGGCAGAACCUGAUUGCCAACGACCAGCUCUACCAGCCCCUCGGAGAGCGGGAGGAUGAGCAGUACAGCCGGCUGGCACCCGCCCGGGCCCGCAAGUGAGAUGGAGCCUGUGACUCCAUCAGCACGCAGGCUCCACCUGGAGAUCACCCCUGCUCCCUGCCAGGUUGGGCUACUUGUAGCACUGUGCUCAUUCCAUGACCUCCUGCACUUCUGUAUUCCUCUCAUUAAAGAUGAGCCUGUCCCACA